AAAUCACAUGGUGACAUUGGUUCAGGCACGCAGUUCCAGAGCAGUGUUUCAUCAUGUGCACCAAAUGUUCCUUAUCGGACAACCAAAAGUGUGGAUUCAAGUGACGAAAGCUUUUCUGAAUCUGACGAUGACAACUGUCUGUGGAAACGAAAGCGACAAAAAUGUUUCAACUUCCCUCCUGCUAAAUCUGAGCCUUUUCAGCUUAGCCAGAGCCACACAAAACAAACUGUACAGGGUGGCAAGAAGGUCAACAACAUUUGGGGUGUGGUGCUCCAGGAGCAGAAUCAGGAUGCGGUGGCUACUGAACUUGGGAUUCUAGGCAUGGAUGGUAGUAUUGACAGAAGCAGGCAGUCUGAGACUUAUAAUUAUUUAUUGGCUAAAAAGCUGAUGAAGGAAGCUCAGCAAAAGGAGGCAGAGACUUUAGAUAAACAACUUGAUGAAUACAUGCAUGAUGAUAAGAAAACCUUGCCAGCAGAGGAAGAAAGUGGGCAAGCCUUUCUCAAACGGAAGCGGCCUGUGAAAGAUAGACUGGGUGAAAGACAAGAAAUGAAAUAUAAAGGAAGAGAUGAGAUAACAGAAGAAGAUUCAGAAGAAAAAGUGGCAGAUGAAAUUGCAUAUAGGCUUUGUGAGCCAAAGAAAGACUUAAUUGCCCGAGUAGUAAAAAUAAUUGGGAAAAGAAAAGCUAUUGAACUGCUUAUGGAAACAGCUGAAGUGGAACAAAAUGGUGGACUGUUCAUAGUGAACGGCACUAGGAGAAGAACCCCAGGGGGUGUUUAUUUAAACCUACUGAAGAACACACCUAGCAUCAAAGAAGAACAAAUCAAGGAAAUUUUCUAUUUGGAAAACCAAAAGGAGUAUGAAAACAAAAAAGCUGCUAAGAAAAGGAGAAUACAGGUGCUAGGAAAGAAGAUGAAAAAAGCCAUUAAAGGGCUUAACCUGCAAGAAUAUGAUGACGCAUCUCGUGAGACUUUUGCUAGCGAUACGAAUGAGGCUCUGGCUUCCCUGGAUGAUCUACAGGAAGGCCAUCAUGAAGCAAAGAUGGAACCUGAGGAUAUUAUUGAAGUUGAUAAUGCUCAUGAUUUGGAGAUCUUUUAGUUACUAAUGUUCUUUGUAACCAAGUCUCUAUAAAACAUAUUAAAUGAGCCUUUCUUAUAAUCCCAUGGCUUCUUGUUUUCAUAAA